CUAAUACCUCGAACGGAAAAUUAUUAUUAUUUUUUUUUUUUAAAUAUUUCGCUUAUUGUGGCGUAAUUUCGUUAGUGUUGACAGACUGACGAAUAUCGCUUUAGAUUCGGAGAAAAGACAUGUCUGUUUGGAAAUACGUCUGUUCGGAGAGGUGCUGCCAUAUUUUUCCAUGUGGUUGUCAUUCAGAGUAGAGGUUGCAAACUGGUUUUGCUUUUCACGCCAGUCGUUAAAUAGCUCCGUGUUUAUCGUGGCGCAGUUGAGUCAUGCAGUUUGUGAUAUUUCUACGCUGGUAAGCGUUUGAUUGUCGUCCGAGGAUUGCGAAAUUGAAGCCCAUAAGGUCACCGUUGUUUGUCUUUAUCGUCGACCAGGCAAAUUGGCGAAAAAGGCAGACAGGACUGCAGUAUGCGUCAAGCUGGCGAACCAAGACAAGCCAAGCAGGAGAAAAGUUACCCGCCCGGGGCAGUUAUUUUUGGGGUACAUCUGGCUACCGGUCACUGGAUAACAUCCUUAAAUGGACUAUUUCAGUAGGAAUGUUUCCAGCAACACCAUCAGUACCAGCUGCUUAAAAUCGCUGCAGCCCUUAACCCUUUGAGGUUCAGACACUCGUUACAAAUCAAGUUCAUUAGUUAAAGGGUUUUUUUUUUGUACACCUAAAACAAUCAGAACUUGGGAUUUGAAUUUAUUAAACUCUUUACACAAAAAUAGCGGGAAUGAGAGAAAAAUAGGAGCCUUUGAAACAACCUUACAGGGUCAAUGUGAAGUAGCAGUAUCUGCUGAAAUUUGUAAACAUUGUGUCACAUCAGAAGAUCAUAUAAAAACAAGAAACAAAUGGAUCUUAAUUUUUACUCUGACCUGUCGGACGGAACUGGACAAGCGGGCGAACCAGACUUUCUGGACUCACAAACUUUCAAUGGAUUUGACGCGGUUAAUAAGUUCCCUGGCGGCGGUGACAACUACCUGGCCAUCCCAGGCGAGAGCCACCCUUUCCUCUCCUCCUCCGAGACGUUCCACACGCCGAGCCUGGGAGAUGAGGAGUUUGAGAUUCCGCCCAUCUCGUUGGAUCCGGAUUCGGCCCUCAGCGUGUCCGACGUGGUCUCUCAUUUCGGGGAGCUGGGGGACGGUGCGCCGUCUGAAGGGGUGCCGGGAAACGCUGUUGUCGGGGGAGACGACCCCUCCUUCGCUUCGACCUUUGUGAACCCUCCCUCUCAGGGCCUGGAGCAUCUAAGCUUGGGUGUUAUGAGCCAGCAGGGAACUGGACCAAUGCUGGGAUCAACGCUGGGAAUGGAUAUGGGCCAUCCCAUGGGUUCACAGUUCAGUAGCUCCUCCCCUAUGACCAUAGACGUUCCCCUCAGCGACAUGAACCAUGGCCUGCUGGGCCAUAACCAGCUGACCACCAUUGACCAGUCAGAGCUCAGUGCCCAGCUGGGGCUCAGUCUUGGGGGCGGGGCUAUCCUCCCUCGUUCGCAGUCACCUGACCAACCACUGUCUCCCUCAGCUUCACCUGCCGAAUCCCUUCAAGACGACGACAUGGAUGAUUUUCGACGGAAGAGUGUGCUGAUAGACUCGCCUGUCUCUCUCUCCGUGUCUCCGGCCGUCAUCUCUCUCAGCCCCUCCCUGUCGGACCAGUCCGCCGCCCCCGCGUCCGUCAGCGCCCCCCCGGCCCUGGCCAAGAAAGGGGUGGGCGGCGGGGGCAAGAAAGGCAAGAAAAAGAAAGAUCCCAACGAGCCGCAGAAACCCGUGUCCGCGUACGCUCUGUUCUUCAGAGACACCCAGGCAGCCAUUAAAGGCCAGAACCCCAACGCCACGUUUGGGGAGGUGUCUAAGAUCGUGGCCUCCAUGUGGGACAGCCUGGGAGAGGAGCAGAAACAGGUUUACAAAAGGAAAACAGAGGCUGCUAAGAAAGAGUACCUGAAGGCGUUGGCCGCCUACAGAGCCAAUCAGCUUUCUCAGCCCACCAUUGAGGUUGUGGACACCGCCCCCUCUCCCCCUCCUCCCGCCGCCCCCGUCUCCGCCCCCGAACCCAGCCCCGCCCCUACGCGCUCCUCCCGAAUCCCCCAGCACGCUCCCGACAACAACACCAUCACCAACAUUUGCACCUCUAACAUCAUCCUGGACAUCCCUCAGGUCACGACACGGUCCCGCACGGGGGCGCACAAACCCCCCGCCAGCACCUCCGCCGCAACCGCCAGUCCCCCAGCCCCGCCCGUCGUCACGAAAAUCCUCAUCCCCAAACAAGCCCAAAGUUCGGGCGCCACGACUGUUACCUCCACCGCCGCAGCGGCCCGGCAACCUCCCCCUCUGCAGCAGAUGCAAAACACGCCCCCACCCCCGCGCCUUCAGCAAAUGGUACAUUCCCCGGCUCCUCCCCCGCUUCAGGCCAAGCCCCGCGGCGGGGGCGGAGCCGGACAGGUGCCCGCCUCCGUCGCCACGGCCCCUCCCCCGCCUCUGCAAAUCAAGAUAGUCCCCGCUCCGGUGCAGAACGAGCUGGCCGCGCCCAUCAUCGUGACGUCAGCUGGCGCUGCCGCGGCAUCCUCGACCCCUACGGACGGCGUAGAGGUGGCGCAGCCCGCUGCCAUAGUAACCGCCUGUUUGCCCUCAGGAACGGAGGAGGUGACCGAGACAGAGGAAGGGAUGGAGGUAGAGCUGAAUGUGUCCCCUGGCCCUGAUGGUGCUCUGGCGGCCACGCCCGGUGUGUGUGUGAGGGCCGGCUGCAACAACCCCCCAGUGGAGAGUAAAGACUGGGAUAAGGAGUACUGCAGCAAUGAGUGUGUGGCCACACACUGCAAAGACGUGUUUAUGGCGUGGUGUGCAAUUCGAGGACAGAACUCCACAACCGUUACAUAGAGACAGCAGAGCGUGCAAAAGGGCGGGGCUUGAAGAGAACUGGCCAAUCGGGGGCCAGCUCACUUCACUGCCUUCUUACACUACCCUGAACCCAUGACCCUGAGAAGCAUCGACUGGUGUCUUAGCUUCACUGUGGUGUAAAUUCAACUGUCACCAGACUUAACACAGACUUUAUCUGGUCUCAAUGAGUUGAUGAGAAAGAGAGCGCUUUUGGAAGAGAAUUAGUGUACAUUAUUUUAGACCAGAAAUUUUAAGAUGAUCAAUAUUUUGUAUGAGCAUUUUUAUAAUUUUUAAAAAUGAUUCAGGAGCAUUCAUCUGACUGUUGAAUUAUGCGUUUUUCCUG